UUGACAAGGCGGGAAAGACCAAAAUUUUACAGAAAUAUUGUAAGCCAGCAAUGGACUCAACCAGACACACAUGCCUCAAGCUCCAGCCCCAAGAGGGCGAAAUCAUCUUCGUCAAGGGCACUUGGUUUCACGCCCGAUUCGACCUCUCCAUCACCGAUGGCCUUCACGGCUGGAUCUGCCACGCGUCGGAAGAGGGGGUGAGAGAGCGCGCGGCCCAGUGGGACCAGCCGGUGCCGGAGUACGUGGAGCUGGCCGAGCGGUACUUAGGGUUUCAGCAGCCCGGUUCGGUCUACCGGUUCGCCGAUGCCGGAGACGGCCACAAAAGGUUGUCGUGGACUUUUGAGAAGGAAGGCACAACACUGGAAUGGCGAUGGAAGUGUCAACCAUCGCCUGAUAGUAAGGAAAUUACAGCAGGGAUUUUGGACUUCCUCAUGGACGCAAACAUAAGGCUAAGUGAAGAAGUUGUCAGAAAGACUCAAUCAUUUGAGAGGCUGAAAGUGGAAGCUGAGAAGUGUAUAGCACAGAGUGAGAAAAUUAACGACGAGAAGGUUGAGUUCGAAAAUGCAAUAUAUGCGAAGUUUCUUGGGGUCCUGAAUUCAAAGAAAGAAAAAUUAAGAGAGGUCCGAGACCAGAUUUCAAAUAAAAAAGCUGCUGGGAAAUUGCCAGCAGAAGAGGAAGAAGAUUCAACUGACAAAACUGAAAGUUUUGAAAAUGGAAGUGAUGCUGAGAAAAGUGGGGAUGAACCUGCCAAAAAUGUUACAGGCACUUCAAAGGAUGUUGUAACGAGCAAGCCUCGUGGUCGAAAGUGGACUCCACGUGUUUAAUUUCUCACUAGUCAAGUGACCAUUCGAGCAGAAUAAUGGAGAAGAAUGAGGUCGGUAAGCCUGCUUAAGAGUAACUGUACAUGUUAAAGGACAUAAGCUAGCAUAUAAGAAGACAAUAAAAGUGCUCUGACUACGUAGGAAGUGACUCAGCAUUGCACAAUAUUGUUCAUCCUCCACGGCAAGGUGUAGUAAAUUCCUCUUACGCAUUUCAUCAAGAAGUUGCAUCGCUUUAUGGGCCUCUUUACCUCGAAGAAGACCCUGAAUCAUGAUGUUGAAUGAAAUGGAGUCUGGUAAGCAACCUUUCUCUUCCAUUUGCACAAUCAACUUACCAGCCUCCAAUUACAUUCCUUUCUUGCAUAGGCCAUCUAUCAUACUGUUGUAAGUUAAAACAUCAGGAACCAAGCCAUUCUUUAAGAUUUCAUCCAACUUUCUCUUUGCUUCUUCCAAUUUACCAGCUUUACACGUCCCCAUUAAUAAGCAGGUUAAGAAUGUGGAUGCUAGGUUAAAAGUUUUGUACUCUCAAGGGACUGCAAUAGAUCCAUUGCGUCCUCAAUGUGACCAUUUUUGCAGAGUCCAUCCAACAAAGCAGGAUAUGUAGCCAAUACAGGAGAUGGGCCACAACUCAGCAUUUCUUUAAAUAACUUAAACGUUCUGACCGUUUGAUCAAAUGCUCGAACCACUUGAA